UCCCGCCCGCAGCUGCCGGGACUCCACUUUCACUUUCGGUCCCCGGGGCCGCAGGCAGGCAGCGGUGGCGCGAGGGUAGUUUGAGCAAGAAGAUGGUGUCUCUGCCCCUCCCAUGGCCACUUGCAAGCAUGUUAUUUCUACUUUCCUCGCUCUUGACUCUGACAACUCCUUCAUGGUGUCAGAACAGUGAUGCUACAUCUCCAAAAGCAAGUGAUGGGACGCCAUUUCCUUGGAAUAAAAUGCGACUUCCUGAGCAUGUCAUCCCAGUUCAUUAUGAUCUUAUGAUCCAUGCAAACCUCAGCACGCUGACUUUCUCAGGAUCCACAGAAAUAGAGAUCACAGCCAGCCAGCCCACCAGUACCAUCAUCCUGCAUAGUCACCGCCUGCAGAUAUCCAAGGCCACUCUCAGGAAAGGAGGUGCCUCGGAGAGGGCAUCUGAAGAGCUGCUGAGAGUCCUGGAGUAUCCCCCUCACGAACAAAUCGCACUUCUGGCUCCGGAGCCACUCCUCACAGGACUCCCAUAYACAGUAACCAUUGACUUUGCUGGCAAUCUGUCUGAGAGUUUCCAUGGAUUUUAUAAAAGCACCUACAGAACCAAGGAAGGGGAAGUGAGGAUACUUGCAUCAACCCAGUUUGAACCAACUGCAGCUAGAAUGGCCUUCCCCUGCUUUGAUGAACCUGCCCUCAAAGCGAAUUUCUCCAUCAAGAUCCGAAGGGAGCCAAGGCACUUGGCUAUCUCCAACAUGCCAUUGGUGAAAUCAGUGACUAUUGCUGAAGGACUCAUAGAAGACCAUUUUGAUGUCACUGUGAGGAUGAGCACUUACCUGGUGGCCUUCAUUAUUUCAGAUUUUGAGUCUGUCAGCAAGAUGACCAAGAGUGGAGUGAAGGUUUCUGUGUAUGCUGUGCCUGACAAAAUAAAUCAAGCAGAUUAUGCAUUGGAUGCUGCAGUGACUCUUCUAGAAUUUUAUGAGGAUUAUUUCAGCAUACCAUACCCUUUACCCAAACAAGAUCUUGCAGCUAUUCCUGACUUUCAGUCUGGUGCUAUGGAAAACUGGGGACUGACAACAUACAGAGAAUCUGCACUGUUGUUUGAUGCAGAAAAAUCUUCUGCAUCCAGUAAACUUGGUAUCACAAUGACCGUGUCCCAUGAACUUGCCCACCAGUGGUUUGGGAACCUUGUUACAAUGGAAUGGUGGAAUGACCUUUGGCUAAAUGAGGGAUUUGCCAAGUUUAUGGAAUUUGUGUCUGUCAGUGUGACCCAUCCUGAGCUCAAAGUUGAAGAUUAUUUCUUUGGCAAGUGUUUUGAUGCAAUGGAGGUUGACGCAUUGAAUUCUUCACACCCUGUGUCCACACCUGUGGAGAAUCCUGCUGAGAUUCGAGAGAUGUUUGAUGAUGUGUCUUAUGAAAAGGGAGCUUGUAUUCUGAACAUGUUAAGGGAUUAUCUAAGUGCGGAUGCAUUUAAAAGUGGAAUUGUGCAGUAUCUCCAUAAGUAUAGUUACAAAAACACAAAGAAUGAGGACCUGUGGAAUAGCAUGGCAAGCAUUUGUCCUACGGAUGGCUCACAAACAAUGGAUGGUUUUUGCUCUAGAAGUCAGCAUUCCUCUUCAACCUCACAUUGGCAUCAGGAAAGUGUGGAUGUGAAAACCAUGAUGAACACCUGGACCCUGCAGAAGGGCUUUCCCCUGAUAACCAUCACAGUGAGAGGGAGGAACAUACACAUGAAGCAAGAGCACUAUAUGAAGGGAUCUGACUCAGAAACUGGGUACCUAUGGCAUGUUCCAUUGACAUACAUUACUAGCAAAUCAGACUCAGUUGGUAGAUUUUUGCUGAAGACAAAGACAGAUGUGCUCAUCCUCCCAGAAGCAGUGGAAUGGAUCAAAUUUAAUGURCGAAUGAGUGGCUAUUACAUUGUACAUUAUGAGGAUGAUGGAUGGGAUUCUUUGACUGGCCUUUUAAAAGGGGCACACACAACUAUCAGCAGUAAUGAUCGGGCGAGUCUCAUUAACAAUGCAUUUCAGCUUGUCAGCAUCGGAAAGCUAUCGAUUGAAAAAGCCUUGGAUUUAACCCUGUACUUGAAACACGAAACUGAAAUUAUGCCUGUAUUCCAAGGUCUGAAUGAGCUGAUACCCAUGUAUAAGUUAAUGGAGAAAAGAGAUAUGAAUGAAGUGGAAACUCAAUUCAAGGCUUUCCUCAUCAGGCUGCUGAGGGACCUCAUUGAUAAGCAGAUAUGGGCGGAUGAAGGCUCCGUCUCAGAGCGAAUGCUGCGGAGUCAGCUUCUCCUCCUUGCCUGUGUGCGCAAGUAUCAGCCUUGUGUGCAGAAGGCAGAAGGCUAUUUUAGAGAGUGGAGGGAAUCCAAUGGAAAUAAAAGCCUGCCUAACGAUGUGACCUUGGCAGUGUUUGCUGUGGGGGCCCAGAACACAGAAGGCUGGGAUUUUCUUUAUAGUAAAUAUCAGUCUUCUUUGUCCAGUACCGAGAAAAGCCAGAUUGAGUUUGCCCUUUGUACAAGCCAAAAUAAAGAAAAGCUUCAGUGGCUACUAGAUCAAAGUUUUAAGGGAGAUAUAAUAAAAACUCAGGACUUUCCAUAUAUUCUUACACUCAUUGCCAAAAACCCAGUGGGAUAUCCAUUGGCCUGGCAGUUUCUGAGGGAAAACUGGAAUAAGCUUGUACAAAAAUUUGAACUUGGCUCRUCUUCCAUAGCCCACAUGGUAAUGGGAACAACAAAUCAAUUCUCCACAAGAACACGGCUUGAAGAGGUAAAAGGAUUCUUCAGCUCUUUGAAAGAAAAUGGUUCUCAGCUUCGUUGUGUCCAACAAACAAUUGAAACCAUCGAGGAAAACAUACGUUGGAUGGAUAAGAAUUUUGAUAAAAUCAGAGUGUGGCUGCAAAAUGAAAAGCUUGACCUGCUGUAACAAUUCAUUUCUUGCCAAGUUCCUAUGAUCUAUAAUCACCAGAAUUUUGUUGAAUGUGAAUGUUUUCAAAUAGCAAUGGUCAUUUUGGCUCCAGCUGAAGAUACUUCCUUUCCCCCUCAAGUCUCUGCAUUUGACCAUUUCACCCAACAGACAGCAAUUCGUUUUUUCAUCAAUGGACUGUGGCUGCUAUUUACAGGUGCCUUACGAUGUAAACCCAAGUGGUGGGUUCCCUACCACAGAGGAAAGGACCUGAUUCUUUUUGUUUUAUAUUUUAUGCUUAAGCCAUGCAGUGUCCAAACCCCUGUGCCCCAUGUGUCUGUCAUAAGCUGGCUCAUUAAUGUCCUUGUUAAGAUGUAAUAGUGAAUACUGAACAGUGAACACUGGAUGAAUAAUUAAGGCAGAAAUAGCUAUGCUGGAGCUCUCCUGUUGACCCUUCYAGAUCUGUUGUCCACUCUUUCUUCCCACUUCAGGUCCAGGUGCUGAUGUGUAGGGCCCAAGUCAUCAGGCUUCCUUGUCCUCUGAAUUUAGUCAAUGGCAAGCCCAUGAGUUUGGAGCUGGGGUCGGGUGAGGAGAAGGUGAAAAUAUUUAUUCCUUUGCAGGCUGCCGCAGACUGCUCUCCACCAAAGGCCAUAGCUCUUGGGAGGUGGCCCUUUUUUCCACAGUCUUCUCCAUCUCUGAUUCURUGAUCCUUUCUGCACUAGGAAAUGCAAUGGGAGCCUGGCACUACCAGUCCUGGAGAUUGUGAUUUUCACACAUGCUGCCCACAUCUUCGUAAAACAUCCUCGUUUAGAACCCUCCUCACAUUAUUCUGAAUGUCAACUAUUUUCUCAGGAACCCUGAUAGAGUAUCCCUUCUGGAAAUAAGUACAGAGUGCAUUCAGGUCCAUAAGACACACCUUUCAUUUGCUCUGGAGAGCUGUUGAUUCUUAGGUAGAGAGGUGAUGAUUUCUCCUUCUGCUCCUCAUUUGAUAUAGUUUUAAAUUCCCAAAUAAUACAUCAAUGGCACUUAUUGCCAAUAAAUCAUUGUAGAGUCAAAAAUAUAUGUUAAUACACUGGGAACCCAAAAUUAUUUGCUUAUUUUAGGCUAAAUAAAGACAAUAUAUUAUUUGGUUUUGGAGACUUACAUGUGAUUUUUGAAUAUAUGACAUUUUUUGGAAYAUAUUGCAUAUUUCAAGAUAAAGGUAUAUGACAGUCACGAAGAAAAAUGUUAAAAUAUGUUGCUCUAAUACACUAUGGAAUACAGUGACUCUUGGAAAUAAAUGUGUUUACUAUUUCAUUUUAUGUCUAUUGGAUGGUUGAUGUUUUAAGAAUUAAAAAAAUUUAAAAACUCACUGGUAAUAUCUCCCUAGACUAAUUUACUUCUAGCAAUAAUACAAAGCCACAAUUUUAAUGUAAAAUAUUUUGCUUUAAUGAUGUUUUAUUUCUUGAUUAAUGAAAACACAGAAAUAUUGAUUUUCAAUUUUGGUCACUUGAGGAAACGAUCUACUUUGGAAAAACUGAUUUUCUGAACAGAUACAAUAUUGCCACAACAAUGUGUGGAAACCUUUUUGGUAAUAAAAAUAUUUGUCUGUUCUUUACUUCUGAGUGGAUAUUUGCAAUCAUUUUCUCCUGACUAGAUUUUUUUUUUAAAAAAAGAACUGCUUUAGAUCCCAUUCUUUCUCAAGUCAUUGUGAAUUACUAGCAAACAUUCAAGUUUAAAGAUAUUUCUAAUAAAAAAAGGUAUAUUCCCAAGCAUCUCAAAUGAAUGCUUACUUUUCUAGGCAUUCUUAAACCUGUGGAUCUUUCUAUAUCAUUUAAAAAUAUCUCUCUAUAUUCAUGGAAAUUAGUAAUAGUGCAACCAUAUCCUUGCACACAAAAUGUCAGUGGUCAAAGAUUUCAGUCUUUUUAAAAAUGAACAAAAAGAGCAAUACCUAAUACUGCCCAAAUAGGAGAAUUAGAUACGGAGUUAAAGUUCAUCAAGAAAAGUGUUUUUUUCCUUUUCUUGUUAAUGGUUUGAAUGUAGAAUCAUGACUAGUUCUCUGAUGGGACAGAGACUUGUUUUAAGUAGUGAGGUUUGAAAUCCUAUAGGUAUGUGCCUGAUUURUAGAGAAGCCUUUUAGAAAGUGUUAACAAAUUCAAGGCCCAUUAUAUGCAGUGUUAUUGUUACUUGUCCUCACCCCCAUUAGACAGCACUGGUCAGAUUAUAUUCAUGUUUAGUGAAGUUAGUGAAGUUCUAACAAAAAUUUUAAAUUGAUUUUAAGGAAGGCUGUGCUCUCUAGAAACAAGAAAUUCCAAGUCUGUUUUAUUAUAUGUAUCUGACAUCUUUUCCUGCAUCCACUGCCAGGAAAUAAAGAUGAAAUUAAUUAUUUAUCAAAAUCCAUCAAUGAUAUCAGUGCAAUGCUCAUAAACUAUUCAUUCAGAAAGAUAUGGGAAACCACUCAAAGUUGUAGGACAUCAGAGUUUAGUUCUUGAAUUACUGUGGGGGAAAAUCAGAUUUUAGAUUUUAGUGUACAUAUAUACAUAUGUGUGUGUAUUUUUUGCUUUUAUUUUAAAGCAGAACUUUAUUUUUGUAUUUAGAAAACUAAACUUUCAUAAAGCCAGAUGCAAUACAGUGCAAAGACUAACAUGGUAAAUGGCUGUAACAAACAAUUGCUGUUUAGGCUUUAUGUAGAGACAGUAGAAAACACAGUUUAAUAACAUGCUAUACCAACAAAAUUCAAGCCAUAUGAAUAUUCUAAGGAUUAAAUGUUCUUGUUCUUGAAGCUUACUACACAUCAUCUAGCCUGUGUCUUAAUCUUUUGCUGACUUUUGAUUAAAGUCUCAGUGAGUUUUCUCUGACUAUAAGGUGCAGAAGUCCUCACCCCUGGAAAUGAAGAGUUCAAACUGAAAAGGAGGAUUGGUGCUUCCUGGUUUGUCCAGGUUACAUAGUAUUCAUUUAUUAUUAGCAGCCCAAGAGGAGAUAUGUGCCCAAUGUACAAUAUUUUAUGUUUGACCUACAAACAUUAACCCAAAGAAACAUCAAACACAGUUCUGAAGCCCAAGAGAAAAGAAGUAAAUAAGAAAUCAGAACAUUGAUGAAUGUUUGUUUAAAGCUUUGUUUU